AUGUCCACUAAUGCAUCUGCAACAUUCUCCAUUAGAUCUGAUGUUGCUGUGAAGCCUGCAAUGAAUUAUGAUGUUAGAAACGAUGGAUAUAGAUGUGAUGUUAGAUCUGAAGUUGUGAAACCUAUGAUGAAUUAUGGUCCUAGAAAUGAUGGAUCCAAAUUUGGAAAUACUUUUACCUUCAAGAGAAAGGAUAAGCCAUAUUGUACUCACUUAUCUCAACUCAUUUCAUCAAUAACUACAAAUUUCCUUCAGAACAAUACAAGAAAAUCCUCGUUAUUUACUAUGGCAAGCAUUGUAACCUUUAAACUUAGUAGUUUGCCAAAGAAAGUGUCAUUCCCCAAACCCGCAGAAUUACCGGGUACGACGCCAAUUAACACCGAGCCAACAAGUGGGAAUGGAGGACUCAAACAAAAGAUGCAAUUCAGUUCACGCAGAUUAGUUAGAGGCCCUCUUGCUGUCACAACUGAUGCUCCUACAGAGAAAAUGGCUUCAAAAUCUGGCAACAGCAAGUUGGCAAAUUACGUGCCACUUUAUGUAAUGCUUCAGUUGGGAGUUGUUACGAGAGAGAAUGAAUUCCUGGACAAGGGAAAGCUAGAGAAGCAGCUCAAAGAGCUAAAGGCUGCUGGAGUUGAUGGAGUAAUGGUAGAUGUGUGGUGGGGAAUUGUAGAGGCCAAAGGUCCCAAACAGUAUGAUUGGUCUUCCUACAGGAAAUUGUUCCAACUUGUUCAAAAUUGUGGAUUAAAAAUACAGGCUAUAAUGUCAUUCCACCAGUGUGGAGGCAAUAUAGGAGAUGCUGUAUACAUUCCUAUUCCACAUUGGAUACUUGCGGUCGAAGAAAAAGACCCCGAUAUUUUCUACACUAACCGAUCAGGUACCAGGAACCAAGAGUACCUCUCACUUGGUGUGGAUAACCUGCCUCUCUUUGGAGGUCGAACUGCUGUUGAGAUUUAUAGUGACUACAUGAAGAGCUUCAGAGAGCACACAUCAGAUUUUCUGGAAGCUGAAACCAUUGUAGACAUUGAGGUAGGAUUAGGCCCUGCAGGAGAGCUAAGAUACCCAUCUUAUCCAGAGACUCAAGGAUGGAAGUUCCCAGGCAUUGGAGAAUUUCAGUGCUACGACAAGUAUUUGAGACAAGAUUUUAAAGAGGCUGCAACAAAGGCAGGGCAACCUGAAUGGGAUCUCCCAGAUGAUGCAGGAACAUAUAAUGACACGCCGGAGAAAACAGGAUUCUUCAGACCAAACGGGACUUACCAGACAGAAAAGGGGAAGUUUUUCUUAACAUGGUACUCUAACAAGCUAUUAGAACAUGGAGAUCAGAUACUUGAGGAGGCCAACAAAACUUUCUCGGGUUGCAAAGUCAACCUAUCAGCUAAGGUUUCUGGCAUCCACUGGUGGUACAAGGAUGAGAGUCAUGCUUGUGAGCUAACAUCAGGAUACUAUAACCUGACUGACAGGGAUGGAUAUCGGCUGAUAGCAAGGAUGUUGUGCAGACAUUAUGGAACCUUAAAUUUCACAUGUCUUGAAAUGAGAAACACUGAACAAGCGACAGAAGCUAAAAGUGGACCUCAAGAACUUGUACAACAGGUUUUGAGUGGCGGAUGGACAGAAAAUAUUGGCGUAGCCGGUGAAAAUGCACUUUCAAGAUAUGAUCGUGCAGGUUACAAUCAAAUCCUUCUGAAUGCAAGGCCAAAUGGUGUCAACAAAAAUGGUCCCCCAAAACUGAAAAUGGCUGGAGUGACCUACCUUCGUUUAUCAGACGAGCUGCUAGAGCGGAAGAACUUCAGUAUAUUUAAGACAUUUAUCGAGAAAAUGCAUGCUGAUCAGGAUUACAGUCCAGAGGUCACUGAUGUAGCUCCACUGCAACGAUCAAAACCGAAGAUUCCAAUUGAUGAACUUCUGGAAGCAACUAAACCAAUUAAGCCAUUCCCAUGGGACGAAGAAACAGACAUGAGUGUUGGUAGCACUUUAGCUGAUUAUUUGGACAAAUUCUUGGACUUCUUUUUUUCCAAUAUUCUAAACUGA